UGUGUGUAUAUAUAUAUAUAUAAAUGCUUCCAGAGUUGAGAGAAAAAUUUAAAGUGGUGUGGUCUCUACAGAACAAAACCCCGGCGAUAGUUAAAAAUGGAGCAAGUAAUACUAGAAUCCGAGUACGGAGACGUGGCGUACAGAGGAGUCCGGAAGCGAAAGUGGGGAAAAUGGGUAUCCGAGAUCAGAGAACCCGGAAAGAAGACCCGAAUAUGGCUGGGCAGCUACGAAACUCCCGAGAUGGCGGCAGCCGCAUACGACGUGGCAGCGCUCCACCUCAGAGGACGUGCGGCUCACCUGAACUUCCCCGAGCUGGCCGAAGCCCUCCCAAGGCCCGCCACCUCAAGGCCCGAGGAUGUCCAGUUGGCGGCGCAGCAGGCCGCAUUGCGGUUCAGGAGGGAGAGCGCGGAGCCGAUGGAUCGAGAAGUCGAAAAUGACAUGUCGUCUAAUAAAAGUGCUUGUGCUGCUGAUAUUAAGAGUAAUGGCUACUCAGUGCCGGUGACGGUGGGGCUAUCAGCGAGUCAGAUUCAGGCGAUUAAUGAGUCUCCGUUGGAUUCCCCAAAGAUGACGUGGAUGCAAAUGGGAGCGGCGGUGCUGGGUAGUACUGUCUUCUUUGGGGAUCAGUACUACUACUACUCCACGUCUCAUCAUGUGUGUUUAAACGACGACGUUGAGCUUUCUGAUUUUGUCGAAAUACAGCAUGAUUCUAUUUGGGACAUCUAGUUCAUUAAUUAGAUAUAUAAUAUUAAUUACAUAAAUAUAACUAUUAGCACAAAUAUAUUAUAUUAAUCACUAUUUUCUUCACUACUUUAAUACACAAUUUACAAAUUUAUUUAUAUAUAUAUAUAUAUAUUUAUACUUUUUUUUCCUAUUCGAACAUAAUUCUAAUGUACCUUCUGUUAAAUAGUGGGACAAUUUUGAAUCUCCAUAUUUAGCAAUUAUGAAAUUAUUAUUAUCAUUAACAAAACUGAAAUUAUCAGUUGUUGAUAGGCAUAUAUAGUAUUUCUCGUUAGUGUUUCACUUACAAUUAAUAAGCCACUGGCGAGAUUAGUAGCUCACUCAUUAUCAAAAAUAUAUAGGAAAUGGAAAUGGUUUAUGAAUGUUGAAAUAUUCAUUAUUUU